UUGAGGUUAUAUUUAUGUUGACUACUUGCACUUGUUUAUGAGCUCAAAGUCUGUUUAGUUUAUUGUUUUACGGUUCCAUGAAUUAAAACUGCUAACUUUUUGCAGUUAUGAAUAAAUAGUUAAUGAUGAAUUUAAUGAAGCAGGCGCACUUUUUUUCGCUGCCAACACAAGGCAACAUUUAUACCAUCACUCAUCUGCAGCUAGCAAAUAAUAUUAAUAAACUUUUAAUUGCUUCACUCAAGAGACAAGUCUACAGUUUUGAGUAUCCUCAAAAUGCCUCAGGUGUGUUGGAGCCUACUGCUAAGGAGAUAUCAUUUGCUUAUAUUCCAAGUGGAGCAGAAAUCAUUUCUUUAGAUGCCUUCAAUAAAUCUCAGGGAGGAAAAAAUGACUUUGUCAUAGGCAUAACAAUCAUUAAAUCUAGUAUGGAUAAUAAUAGUCUAGAAACUUUUCUGAAUAUUUAUUCCGAUGAAGAGUUUAAUAUUGAUAAUAUUGCACAGAAUUGUCUCUGUGUGGAAUUAAAUUUCAUUCCAUAUCAUUUGACACAUACUGACUUGAUUACAUGGGUGGAUAAUGCACCAAUAAAGGAAAAAGUUUUUGUUUUAUCAGGGAGUGAUCAUAAGAUUCACAUAUUUCGAGAAACUAAAGAAAAUCAUAAUUUUAAAGAGAUUGAUUGUGAUUCACAUUUUCCUGAGUUUUAUAAUCCACCUGCUGUUGUAAUGUGGAUUUGUGUUUAUUAUAUCAAUGAUAAUAUCCGAAUAUCAGCAUUUGGAUGUGAAAAUGGAUAUCUUAGAUUGGUAAAAGUGAACACCAGGGAUAACACAAUAAUUUUCAAUCAAUCGACGCAAUUUAUAAGUGCAAUAUCACAAAUAAAGUUGUAUCCAAGUAAUAAUUCUACCAAAAAACCUAAACAUAUUAUCACAGAUGAUAAUAAUACCUCAAACGGAACAACUGAUGGGAGAAAACAAGUGCAAUUGGAUUUAUUAGUUGUAAAUGCAAUAUUACCAGUCGUGCAUUUUACAAACGUGACUGAAAAUGCAUUGACAGACUACAAAUGCCUCAGAAGGAAAGAUACUACUAGUGUGUCAACAUGUUCAACACCAGCAGACAUUGAUUUCGACGGAAAAUACGAAAUAAUGAUUGGUAACAGUUUGGAGGAAGUUAUGCUGUAUAAAGCCGUACAUAUUGAAGAUUCAACCGAUUAUGAAAUGAAACUAAUCGAAGUGAUGAAACUUGUCGGACCGAUUUUUCAUCUUUUAUACAUGGAUAUUACAGGCGACGGCGUGAAAGAACUAAUCGUGUUUACCAUGAAAGGUUUAUACAUUUAUCAGCACGAACGUCGAUUUAUUGAGGACGUACUGCGAAGAAAAGUUGAAAUGAUGACUAUACCUGACGUUAAACUGCAAUAUUAAUUCAAUAAUAAUAAGACAUAUUUCUAAACUAUAGCCUUACACAUAAUAUAAUAAAUGUUAGAAAAUUAA